AUGCCUGCAGACUACCAGUCCACCGUUAGGGCGCUAUCUCUGUCACCUUCAUCUCCGGAUCCUAUACCUUCUUCUCCCAGCAGCGAUGUUCAUCCCCCUUGGAGCCGCGCAGGGAGGCGCAAUUCGGGCUGGUCCGAUGGUCAGGCUAGCACUUGGGGCCAAAUUGUCCAUCGCGGAACAGAGCUGUAUCAUCGUAUGAACACGAUAUGGGAAGAAAUGACUUUGCCGAAGAAGAUUGCCACCGUUAUCGCAUCCUUGUUCAUCGGCGCAUCUGGUGUCGCCUUCUUGGUGUUAUCAGGGAAACUGUUCGUCUGGCUUGGCUCGGUCGCGGAAGAGUGGGAGAAAUCUUGGCUCGCGGCCUUCAUUCUAUGGCUAUGUGUCUUUUUUGUCUCAUUUCCGCCGCUCGUGGGUUGGUCUACUUUUGGGACAGCGGCUGGUUUAAUCUUUGGUGUAUGGAAAGGAUGGCUGAUCUACGCUUCCGCAACGAUUCUCGGAUCAACUGUCUCAUUCUAUGUUUCGCGAACGAUCCUCUCUGGAUUUGUCAAUCGCCUUAUGGAACGCGACAAGAGAUUUGCCGCGCUGUCCCUGACACUGAAGUAUGAUGGACUCAAACUCCUUUGCAUGAUUCGUUUAUGUCCACUGCCAUAUUCAAUCUGCAAUGGAGCUGUGUCCACCUUUCCUACAGUGCAGCCAUUGAUGUACGGACUUGCGACGGCAAUCAUCUCCCCCAAGUUGUUGGUUCCGACGUUCAUCGGAAGUCGCAUUCGUUUACUCUCUGAGAAGGGUGAGCAGAUGAGCGUGGGAUCGAAGGCCGUAAAUAUCUGCAGUAUUAUCGUUACAGUCAGUAUUGGAAUAUUUACCGGCUGGACUUUGGCUCGCGCAAAGGAGCUCGAAGCCAAGGAGCGUGAAGAGAUUCGAGGAUCUCUUGAGGCUGAUCAUGCAGCCCAUCGCCCUCACCACGCUUUCUCUGAGGACCCCGCUGUGAACAAAGCGGCCACUAUCCUUGCACGCGAUGAGGAGGAACGCAUUGGAUUCACCGAUGAUGACAAUGUUGAUUUGGUCUUGGGUGACGACAGUGACAGUGAUCAACCGGGUUGGAAGAACUCGAACAGGCGGUCAUACCACGACGAGUUCACUGAUAAUGACUCGGAUGGAUUUGCGGAAGGAGAUGGCGAGACUUAUGGUCUGCACGCUCAUGUCCGACCUAGCUGA